UAUAUAUAUUUACCCAUGUUUUGUUGUUUGCAGGAACUACAGAUAUCUGAAGAUGAAACCAUGAAGAGCAAGCAGAGUGAAUAAUAAUGCUUUUCCGAAACCGUUUUCUGUUUUUGCUGGCCUUGGCAGCCUUGUUAGCCUUUUUGAGCCUCAGUCUACAAUUCUUGCAUUUAAUCCCAGUGAACCCUGUCAGGGAAGAUGGGCUGAAUCCCAAGAGCCGCAAGAGAAUAAUGCCUGAUUUGCUGACGGAGCCUCCUGCCAUAGACCCCRUUUAUGAAGCUCAGGUUUACUGCAACAUUCCCAGCAUCGCUGAACGCAGCAUGGAAGGUCAUGCCCCUCAUUAUUUUAAGCUGGUGUCAGUUCAUGUGCUGAUUCGACACGGUGAUCGGUAUCCUCUGUAUGCCAUUCCCAAGACAAAGAGACCUGACAUCGACUGCAUGUUGGUGCCCAGCAGGAAACCUUCUCAUCCUCAGCUUGAAGCCUUCAUUAAGCACAUGUCCAAAGGGUCUGCAGCCCAAAUGGAUGGUUCCCUGAGCAGCCUGCCUCGCUUCCCCAGUCAUUCCCUGUGUGAAAUGGGAGAGCUCACACAGACAGGGGUUGUACAACAUUUGCGAAACGGACAGCUGCUCCGAGAAAUCUACAUCAACAAACACAAACUGCUCCCUGCUGACUGGGCAGCCAAGCAGCUCUACUUGGAGACCACAGGGAAGAGCCGAACCCUGCAGAGCGCCCUGGCRCUGCUCUACACCUUUUUGCCAGAUUUUGACUGGAAGAAAAUUAACCUGAGRCACCAGUGGAGCACCAUUUUCUGCUCGGGGAGCUGCGACUGCCCCAUGAGAAACCACUACCUGGAGGAGGAGCAGCGCAGGCAGUACAGCUUACGGGUGAAAAACAACGACCUGGAGAAAAUCUACGUGGAUAUGGCCAAGAUUGUGGGCAUUCCCACCAGGCAGCUGAGAGCCUCGAACCCCAUAGAUUCCCUCUUGUGCUAUUUCUGCCACAACGUCUCAUUUCCGUGCACCAAAACUGGCUGCAUUGAUAUGGAACACUUUAAAGUGAUCAAGAGACACCAGCUGGAGGAUGAGAGAGAGAGACAGGAGAAGAAACUUUACUUCUUGUACGCACUGUUGGCCACUCACCCUCUCCUCAACCAGACUGUCAAUCGGCUGCAGCGUAUUGCAGAAGGCAAGAAGGAAGAAGUGUUUGUUCUCUACUCUGCACAUGAUGUCACCUUGUCACCUGUUCUSAGUGCCUUGGGCAUUACAGAGGCCAGAUUUCCUAGAUUUGCUGCCAGAUUAGUUUUUGAGCUGUGGCAGGACGGGAAGAGGCCCAAAGAACAUUUUAUCCGCAUCCUGUACAAYGGUGCUGAUGUCACAUUCCAGACCUCCUUUUGCAGGGAUCACUAUAAACGUUCCAGCAAGCCAAUGUGCCCGCUAGAGAAAUUUGUCAGCUUUGUCAAGAGGGAUAUGUUCUUGAUUUUUAACAGCACCAGCUACUAUGAUGCGUGUCAUAGGAGAGCUCUGUAGAGCAGGGGAGAGGAGAGGAGGCAGUGUUAAAUUGUGUCAGCCAGAGGUGCAGUUCAGUUUUGUUACUUCUUGUACCUGUAAGUACAGGAAGGUAUUGCUUGAAACAUUCUUCAAAUAGUUUUAUUUUCAUUCAGGCUGCAGAUGGCCUUCAGUAGAAGAACAAAUGCCAAGGGUUCUGUGUGUGUGUGUGUGUGUGUGUGUGCUCACAAAUGCUGGUAACUCUUGUGAUAAAUCAUGUGGAUGAAUGUAACCCAGCCCUUGCUUGAUAGUGAGAGCAUAGACUUUGUGUUUCUCUGUUCCAGAGCAAUACUUGGAUUUCAUAAGUUUAAAGCCAAAACUAUUUUUUUCUUCACCACCAUCAUUUUAAGCAGUUCGUGUCAGGGUCAUUGUGAAUUCCAGGCAUCUGCAUCAAGGCAUUUGUAAGGAAUUUUUGAAUUUCCUUACUCAGAGGAAGCCUUUAAUGUCGUAGAGUGGGUCCUUGAAGCCAAAUGUGUGUGUGUGUGUGUGUGUGUGUGUGUGAAUCCUUCCCUGAGCAUGUACAAAUGAGCGUGUGCCUUUUGGGCCUCACAGACCUAGAACUCCUGGGCUGUUGUUUCCAGGGGUGUACUGGAAAAUGGAUACAAAACUCUGCUCUUUGAUCGCACUUUCAGCACUUUGAAUAGUUCAGACACGGUCUAGAAAUACAUAAAGGUCUUGUGACGUUAAAGUAGGUAGCAAACACUAACAGCACCACUAAACCUGAGCGGGAAAUUAGGGGUAGAAAUCAGUUUUAUGGUGAAGUKUUGGGCUCUUUCCCACUGUGAACGUGUUCAAGCUGUUGUGCUAUGGAACGAAUCAGUGUUUUAGGAAUUUGCUAUGGUGACUGCUUGAGAUAGCCUGACUAAAUACUGAGAAAAUUUUGUAGUUAAGUUAGUAUUUUUAUGGACUAGGAACUCUUCUUUUGUAAGACCAGACUUGUACAUACUGUACUGUGUAUAUUUGUAACACAGUAGAUCUUUCUUACUUGUUUAGUUUGUAAAGACUUGUGGAGGUCACUUUUUAGACAUUUUUUUYCCUUGAUCAGGAUGUUUAGACUUAAGAAUAAACUGUCUUUUAUGGGUAAUUUGGACAGUGAGUAGAUAUGGAAACUUGUACUUCAGACUGCUUUCAUCUCUGUAGGACUAGUAAAUUGAGAACCRAUUUUUAAUAGAACUCAUAGAAAUUUUAUAAUGGUGGAGGUUUUUUAACCUCUAGAAAUAAAUUAGUUUGUGGCUUGUGAUUCAAUGGUGCUAGUUUGUCAAAGAAAACAUAACUCAGCAUUAAGUUCUCUGACUGUUGGCAUUCCACUCUCUCUGUUUUCAAUGCUGCAUUUGAACAUGUUUCUUUAAAUAAAAUUCUGGGGUCUCUUUGUA